AUAAUAACCUUGGGUUGCUCAAAUGCCUUGCAAUUGAAAAAGUAAAUAGCCAAAGCCUCACUCUUGAUUAUGUCGUAAGGCUCAGUGAAUCCAAUCUCAAGUAAAUGGAAAGGGCCAGCGCUCCGAAAACUUUAAUUUAAAGCCAUCAACAUGUUAUACGUCAUCAUAAAGAAAAGAAAGAGAGAGAAUUAGCAAAGACGAUGAAAUGAUUUCUAGAUAAAAGUGUUUGUCGCCACCAAGUCUUGCCUCCGCCCACAACAAAACGCGCAAAAGCCUAUAAAUUUUAUCUUUUUAGGCAACACAAACGCCCCUGCCAGCUGACGCCUUGUUGGGCGGUGGGCACUGAACGCAGCAAGCACUCGGUCAAAAUUAUUACGCCCACCGCGCACUUUAGCCACCCCCACCCUACACCUUUAGCGGUGGCCUCUUCUCUCUCUCUAGAUCUCCCCUUUUAACCUAACAUUCUUUCAUUAUGCCUCCGCUCUCCUCCGCCGCCACCCACCACCACCCCUUUUCCUUACUCUCUUUUUUUCUUCCUCCGUCAAAUUACGAAGGUUUAAUCGAUCUGAAACCGUUAACUAAUUCUGGGUGUUUACUAUUUGAGAGAGAUUUGACAUUCUGUAACUCACAAUGGCAACUCUAUCUCCAUCAACCCAAGAUUUCUCUAACGUUACCCCAUCACAGAUUCUACCUUCAUCCAACGUCACAGUGGCGGUGGCUUCUCGCCGUCUUCCGCCGCCGUGUUGGUCACAUGAAGAGACAAUAGCACUCAUCGAUGCUUACAGGGAUAAGUGGUAUUCUCUACGCAGGGGGAAUCUACGGGCUAAUCAUUGGCAGGAAGUUGCUGAUGAUGUUGGUUCUAGAUGCCCUGUUGAUCCACCGAAGACCGCUGUGCAGUGCCGGCAUAAGAUGGAGAAGCUUCGGAAACGUUACCGUGCUGAAAUUCAACGCGCUGCUCCUUAUGGUGGGGCUCGAUCUCAUCGUUAUUGCUCUGCUUGGGUACAUUUUAAGCGUAUGGAUAUGAUGGAGAGAGGUCCUAAUGCUGUUUCUCCACCGCCCAGUGAUGAUGAAGCUGAUGAGGAUGUAGAAGAUUACCAUCAAAAUAGCGUUAAACUUGUAGGGGAUUUGUAUGGUAACAAUGUGAAUACCAAUAAUCGGAGAAGUUUCCAAGGGGUUGUGAGUAAUGGAGGAGGUGGGUUUCGGAUCCGGAUACCUGGGAUGCCUGGGUCAGCUCCUCCAAUGGCUAAACCGUAUGGUAGAUUUGAGGAUUCUGGAGUUGAAACCCCUAAUAAUUUUGGGUCUAGUAAGAUGUUCCGGGAUGGGUUUGUAAAGAAGGCUGAUUUGGGGAAAAGGGUUGUUGGUGAAGGAGUGGGGGAGAAGAAAAAGGGGGACCCCAUGGCUGAAAUGGUGGCUGCGAUAAAGGUAUUAGGGGAUGGAUUUGUGAGAAUGGAGAGGAUGAAGAUGGACAUGGCACGAGAGUUGGAAGGGAUGAGAAUGGAAAUGGAAAUGAAAAGAACUGAGAUGAUACUCGAGUCACAGCAAAGGAUCGUGGAGGCGUUUGCCCAGGCGUAUACAGAGAAGAAAUAUAGGAAGGCAAAGAGAAUGCCAACUCCUAAAUGCUAGAUUGGUCUUAGGUGUGUUAUAAAGUUUUCCUUUUUGGUAGAUCAUUUGCAGCAUUGAAUUGCAGAAUGCAUCCUGGAUUACGCUAGUUACCUGUAUUUAGUGAGCUUGCAAUAUGCCUUUCCCUUCCAUCUUGGUAUUUACUAUUUACUUGUGUAGCAGAAGAAUGCUAGAAUAGGAACUUAUCAGUUCAUUGAUGUAGCAUCUUUUUGUUUUGAAUUUGUUCUAGCAAAUGAUACUUGUUGCGGUAAUUAUGUAAUCCAAUGCGUUUAGAUCAAGGUUCUGACAUUGCAGUCGUUGUUAGUAGUUUGUAGUGCCUGUUUAAUUUGGGCUAUGUCUAUUAUGAUAUUGCUUACUGGAGUUUAAAA